CUGGCUAACACGUGUGUGACAUUUCCAAAUGACACGAGUAGCUGUGAAUCCCUUUCACUGACGUGCUCUAACUUCGGGAUUGGCGAAGAUGACCAGAUCAAAUACGAAUCAUUUGAGAUGACUAACGACGAAACAGCACGGAACCAGAUGAGUCACAGCUACGCAACAUGCCGGAUCCAGGAGGUUUGCAGUAGCUCUUCGAACGGCCAGCCAACCAGGUGUAACGUCAUUGAGGAUGUUCUUACUGAGCUUGAGCCGAGCCUGUGCCCUGGAACGUGUUAUUACAUCAUUGUUCCUCAUUUCCCAUGCGGAGAUGACAAUUACACCUCUACUGUGUAUAUGACGCAUGUGCCUGAAGGAAACACAGUCAUAAAGGUUUACCGGGCCCAGAGCACUAUACCUGCUGCUAAUGUCACGGUCAAUGCCGGAUGUGAUGGAAUCGAAGGACAGGCGGCGGCCGACUCCGCUAGCUGUGAAAUAAUGGUCGACCAGUCCUGUCCCGGCACAAAUGUUCAGGCCUUUGAGGCCAACCAGGAUAUCGCACUUGAAAUCAAAUCUGUAACCGGCGAGAAGAAAGUGGCUGUUUCAUUUUCUAAACAGUUUACAACUCCAGUGACCGCCCUGGUGACGAUCCAUGACACUCACGCCGGUGAUACCGAUACCGAUACCGAGAACGUCGUUGAGGGCGUGGAUGACGCCAACAAUGUGGUAAAAACGAAACUCGUCAUCGAUUCUCUUGUACUCGACAUCAUUCUCGUCGACGAUCAAGGAAGACAGAUCGAGCUCGAUAAUGGACAUUUGAUACAUUUGGCUUUUGGGUCAAAUCAGCCGGGAGGAUUCAAGGAGAGAGUUUGCCGCUUCUUUGAUGAAACAGAGGAAAAGUGGUCUGGCCAUGGCUGCCAUGUUUCUGAUAGUAACGAGACUGACGUCACCUGUGCCUGUAACCAUACUACCAGUUUCGCAGUGCUACUGCAGUUUGAGGAUUGUACAAUUGAAGGAGCCAAUCUGAAGAUCCAAACCCUGAUGACCAGGUUCUUCAAUGCCAUUUCUAUCGCUGCCCUAUUCCUCUCCGUCGUCAUUUUCUGCUAUCUCAAAUUGUACACAUCUGACCAGGUGAAAGUCCACAUCUGUCUUGCCAUCUCAUUGGCCUUGGCUCAACUUGUCAUGCUCUUCAUGGAUCAAACACAACACAAGGGCAUGUGUCGGGCCAUGGCUGGUAUCAUGCACUAUCUGCUGACUGCUUACUGCAUCUCCAUGAUACUUGAGGGAACACUCCUCCACCGCAAGGCAUCCAGGACUCACAAAGGUCCAGUCAAGGGCUGGGUGAUCAUUCUUGCAGUUUGGGGUAUUCCAUGCGUGAUGGUUGCCGUUUUGAUGGGGUCUUUGAUUGAUGGCUAUGGAGGGGAAUGCGCCUGUUUCUUGAACGUCCAAUACAAAACUAUGUAUAUCUGGCUUGCUGAGGUGUGUAUUGUCGUAGUGGUAAACACAGUCCUUCUGUAUCUGAUCAUGCGCACUUUUGUCUCUCUCAAGGCAAAUGCUAAGAAGAGUGAUAAGGACAGACUUAAGGCUACCGCUCGUGCCGUGUUGAUUAUGGUGCCUAUGCUGGGAAUGACGUGGGUAUUUGGCUUGCUUCAGGCUGUAAUGAAGAAUGUCUUCUUGCAAUGGUUUUUCAUCCUGAUGAACGCACUGCAGGGCCCUCUGUUCUUUGUGUUUCAGUGUGUCAUGCAUCACGAGGUUCAGAAGGUGAUUGGACGAAAGCGCAAGGUUGGUGACUCCUCCAAGUGGGCCAUGAACACCUCCACAUCUGGUACAGGAGGAACUCAAUCUACAGAUAAGGGUACUUCUCAGUUCACAGAGUCUAAAAUGAGUAAGGGACUUUAAGAAUUGUCGAGACGGUCCCUGAAGCAAAUGGCGUAGUCGGCGCCAUCAGCUCUCACAUUUUGAUUUCGUUAAUUCAUCAAUUAAUAUAGAGGUAUACGAGUUGGUUCUCAUCUGCUAUUUAUACCAUAACUCAUUAAGUUAACAUUUAAGUUUGCAUCGAAUUCACCGAAUGUCGAAUGCUUAUGCCGAUGAAAAUGCUCUGUAUAUCAAGUCAGGUUUUAAAAGACACACUAGAAAAAAGUACAAAUGUUAUGUUUAAGUGGAGGAAUAUUAUUGUGACUCUGAAAAUCCGAUAUAUUUUGAAAAUUGAUAUUAAUAGGGAAAUACAUGUUUCCCCCUAAUGAAAGGAUUGGUAAAGUAUACGACGGUUCUUUCAUGAUGUUAAAUGAUAAUCAGCACACUAAGAAAAAAGGGCAGUAUUGCACCUUCCAAAGGCAACAUUUUGGAACUUCUUUUGUGGUGCAACUUAGCACCGUAAUCCUGUUAAUAGGUGAUUUUGUUCAUCAAAUGGCGCAAUUAUCUAAGUAGCCCUGAAAGGAGGAAAGUUAUGAAAUGCUGGAUUUUGUACCCUUUUCCCUUAGAGUGCGAGAUUGCACCAUAAAAGGUGCAGUAAAUAUUGAAAUACGGAACAAAAUCGACCCUUUUUUCUUAGUGUUUGUUCAUUUUGCUUAUUUGGUGUUAUAUAAACGUGAUAAGCAAUAAAAUAUAUAAUAAACUUGACUUUUCAUUAGCCUUGAACGAUGUAAAUAUUAUUCCAGGCUUUGUCUUUCAUACGCUGUGCCAAUUAUGUAUUUAUUGUCUUUCUAAAGAUCAGUCUUUCGUUCUAAUCUUACCUCAGGUUAAAGGAGAAAUACGUAUAUUUUCUUUAAUUCAUGUCAAUUCUAGAAUUGUUUUGAAUUUGCUUAACUCUUCCGAGAAGCAUAUUUCAUAAUUUAUGAUAAUAGUAAUUAUCCGCUUGUAGUUUAUUUGCAUUCUUACAUACUUAAGGCAAUUAUCUAGAAUAGUGUAUCAAAUUGAAGAGGAUUUAUAUGGCAUUACAAUGUUCGAUAACUAAAUAACCUUUAUUGUAUAUAGUUGUAAGAUCUCACAGGACUGUUUUUAACCGAAUUUUAUUCGUCAUUUUUAUUUUCUUAUCCAUGAUUUAUUUUCUUAUUUGAAUGGCAUGCAAUGCUCAGAUUUUUAAAUAAGUUGUGUUUGAUGUAUUGUUAUCGUAUGACCAUGCACGUUUACAUUUUUUUGGAUUUUAAUAUUGAGUAAAUAUUUAAGUCAGACAAUUUCAGUCAAUUUUUAAUGAAUGUCAACUUUUAUUAUAUACGCACAAGUCAGUCAUGUGAUAGAAAACAUAUACAUGAACGUAGAGCAGCCUAUUUUCGUUUUAUAAAGUAGAAAAUUAAUAUCAUAAAAUCUAACAUUGCAACAGUUUGGUUCAAUAAAUUUUGAAAUAUUGGUAUCUAUAUUGUGCACUUCAUUCCAGCACAAUUAUCUUUUUUGUCAUAAUUAUAUCAACGUUACGUAAUUCAAAGUCAGCACGAAAUGACAACGUAAUUUACAAUUGGAGAUGGCAUGGCAUCCGUCCGGAAUAUACUAGAAGGUCUUUUAUUUUAACUUAUUUUAACGUAUUUUAAAAGAUCUUGGUCUAGAAAUUCCUGAACAUAUGUAUAUGAGGCAUUAUGUACAGACCGGUAUAACGAAUCCUCGUUUCCCAAUGUACUUACAUCAUUCAUUUAUAUUUAUGUGUAUAUGUACAUUAUAUCGACUAGAUUUUAUCUAAUAAUUUUUAUCUUUGUGCCUUACCUAGUGUGAUUAUUUCAGAUCAUCGUCAUCUUCUUAAUAUGUAAAUAGCAUAACAUAUAAUAUUGCAAGAUUUCAAAUGAUUUAUCACGUUUAGCUGAUAUACAUUAGUUUUCUUACAUAGUACGUAAUUUAAAGGCUUAAAGAUAAUGUGUAUGAUUUUUUUAGGUUCAUUAGUAAAGUAUGCAUUUUCAAAUAUCUUUCCCACAAAUAUCUUUAAUUUCAAAAGGAAAAUAAUUGAUAACUAUGAGAAUGAAAUGCACUUAUGCAUGGCUAUAAAUUCACAGGGUGCGGCAAGCUUGCCCCCCCCCCCAAUAUAGAAACCAUUAAAAAAGCGCCAGAUCUUUAACUUGUAAAUUCAAUUUACAAAUUCAAAACUUGCCAUGGUAAUCCGCUUUGCUGCAUUGCUUGUAAGGUAUCUGAAACAUUUUUUUUCACAUUUUUAAAUACAAGAUAGCAUGAAAGUGACGUCUUAUCCUCUCUCUGCACCAACCAGCCCACUCUUUCAUACUUUGAUUUAAAGAAAAAAUGAAUUUAUUCGGUAACAUUAGAUAUCAACAGCAAAAUCGUUUACAAUAAAAAAAAAAUGAGGGCUAUACAAAAUAAUGAGCCAUGAACUAAAAAGUUACUUAUUCUUGCGGAUGAGGCCCUACGGUAACAUACUAUUCUUUUUUAUUUUCUUCCUCUCUUUCCAUUUUGCCUCUUGUUGUUUGUUUCGGGGUUUAGACUACUUGAAAAGAAUUAUAGAAGCUACCGACUUAAUUCCCCAUGCAGGCUACGUGCCCAUGUAAAAACAAAAGCGAUAUUGUAACUAAUUUUAAUCUGUAAAUCAUUAUACUGAAUACAUUAAUCCUCGAAAUGUGAUAAAAAAAUACUAUGCUUUGCAUUCUAUCCUAUUUUAUUGUAUCAUGUUGACCGUAUUGUGUGGUUAAUUCUGAUAUUUUUAUUGUUCAGCAGAUAUUACUUAAGGGUUUCUGUUAUUUUUCUAUGUAAAUGUGUUGCACUAUAAUGGUAAUGAUAAUUAUACUAGAUCUUAGUUCACUUUCCAUCUGUGUGCUCAAAGCCGCAUAGGUUCAAAAAUUGAAAUGAAUAAAAAAAAGUGUUUGUCAAAUAGCACUCUUAUACAAAUAUGUGCUCAGGUUUCCACUGAAAGUGGUUGCUGAGGUCUGGGCUUUCAAACUCUGUGGAAGAGAAUUCCACAGGGUUGGCCCCGCGUGAGCGAAGACUGGUUCCCAAUGAUUUUUUCUUUGAAACCGGAAUUUGAAAAGAGGUUUAGGUUUCAAAGAAAAAAAUCAUGGGGAACCAGUCUUCGCUCACGCGGGUCCAAUCCUGUGGAAUUCUCUUCCAGGUGAAAUAUUUAAAUUCUGUAUUUCUAUCUGUUUCCGUUUUGAAUAUCGUGAGAUAAAGACACAAAAGCAAUCGAAUUGUUAAAUGACAGCCCCUCGGAGCAAUUUCUUGCCAAAACGUCAUCAAAAAAUCAUGCUUAGAUAUCUUUGAAGUGAUUGUUUCUUAGUAUAUCUUUAAAUAGAAAAUGACUUUGCCAUUUCAUAAGUAACUUGACUGAUUUUAUUCACCAGGUAUAACAUAACAAAUAAAAAUACAUAAGAUUUAGAGUAUCUAAUGGGGUGAUUAUCUCACCAACAGCGGAAUAUUCAUAUAACUAUCUGUUAAAAAAUAUGAAUAACGAAAUUUUUAAAUAAAACUCACUAUAUAUUAUUCAAAAUAACCAUACAAAAGAAAUAUAUGAUUGCAAGAAAAAAUGUAAAAGAUAUGUAAAUGACAGGGUCCUGAAAUAUGAAGUUUUUCUCCCCUCUCACGCUCAUAUCGAAGUUAUAUCCUUUUAUAGGUAAAAGCUAAGAUCCCUUUAAAAGUGGGCUGGACUUAUUAAAGAGUGAUUGCAAUAGACCUCACUACCAGUAAUGUUAGUCUUAAAUCAAUAAUUAUUAACGGAUAUGAAAUCAAUCAAGAGUUUUAUCUUUAUUUGUCGUUAGGGGUGCACUCUGAAUCAGGCCAUUUUAGGAUUGGAGAACCUGCAUGAAAUGGGUAUUAAGUUUGCAAAUUAUGUUUAAAAUUAAACCAUGAUGAAAGUAAAUAGUUUAUGACAUUAUCUAUUUAAACAAAAAGUACACAAUAUGGAUCAAAAGGAUACUGAUGUCAGAAUAGGUUUAUAGAUUAAAAAUAUUACCAGAGAUAUGAUAAGAAUGAUUUGUUAUUUUAGCCUACUGCCUUUGUCUUUCAUUAUGACAUCUAUUUUCUCUCGCACUUUCAAUAAAAGUAAACUUUGCACAAA